GCCUCCAACUCGAGAAUAUCCCCAUCAUGGCAGCCGAACAAUUUGACACAUCUUGGAUGUGGAAUCCCGCUUUCAUCGAAAAGGCCACGUCUACCGCCGGUCGCUUCGUUCAUUUCCGCAAGACAUUCUUUGUCAAUAAGGAGAUACCAACAUCGCUUCCACUUCAAAUCACGGCUGAUACACGAUACAAGCUAUACGUCAACAAGCAAUUGGCCGCGUUCGGACCUGUUAAGGGAGAUGCGAGUCUCUGGUUUUACGACGAAGUCGACAUCAGCCCGUAUUUGCGCUUGGGCGAGAAUCACAUCGCGAUCCAUGUCCUCCGACUAUUUCACGGGACGUCGUACGGGACUAGCUUUCCGCGUCUGGGAACAGGUGGUGUCAAGAUCGCAACGACUGUUGACGAUGAGGUCUGGGCACCGCAGAUUCGAAGUAGUGAGCUUUGGAAAACGGCGAUAGAUCACAAUGUGACUCUUCGCAUCGACGAGGAAGAGGAUGAUUUUCUUCACGUAUACGAAUUGGUUUCGGCAUCACGCGAUACGUCAUUGGAGUGGAUUCCGGCGAUACCGCUCCGUUUUCAGGACUCUACUGGUGUCACGGCGCCGUGGAAAUUAUCGCCGCGUCUCAUUCCGCCAAUGAGAGGCCAUAAGGCUUACUUCAGCGCUAUUCACAACGUUCAGAGCGACUUGCCCCAUGGCACCUGGAGUGCAGGUUUGCUGGGUAUUCAAUCAGCAGACAGUAAUCUCCUUCUUCCCGCUCGAUCAAGUCAUCAACUCGACCUUGAGACUCCCGUGCAUACAACUGCUUUUAUCCGCUUCCGCUUCGUCCGUCCGGAAGUUGGAGGCGCUUGUCUUACGAUAACGUAUUCUGAAAGUUAUGAGAACACUCCAGUGCUGAUUCCAUAUCUCCGUUGCAAGGGAAAUAGAUGCGACUCAAGCAAGUUUCUAAUCGGGCCCAAGGAUAUUUACACUUUCCGGGGAAAAGAUGGGAAUCCAUGUCUGGGCUACUACGAUGAGGAAGAUACAGAAGAAGUAUACAUGCCUUUCCACUGGCGUACCUUUCGCUUCAUAAGACUAACCAUCGAGACUGGGUCAUCUGAUCUGAUCAUGCGUGGUAUCGAUAUUGACGUUGUGAAUUACCCAUUGGACGUACUAUCAACGAUAAGCACGACCACAGAUGAUGGGACUUUGGGAGCGCUGUACGACACGAGUAUCCGAACUUUACAAAACUGCAUGCAUGAAUGCUACGAAGACUGCCCUUUCUACGAGCAACUCCAAUACGCCAUGGAUACACGAAGUUCAUGUCUCUUCACUUACCACGUAUCUGGCGAUGAUCGGUUAGCGAGACAGGCAAUCGUCCAGCUUCACAGCUCCUUUCAGCCUCGUAUUGGGCUUACAGCUAGUAGAGCACCAUCGACUCAAUUGCAGAUCAUCCCUCACUUCUCCCUCUACUGGAUCUGCAUGCUGCACGAUCAUUUUCUUUACUACGCUGACAAGGCGUUUGUUCGGCCUCUUUUACCCGUUGUUGAUGCUGUCCUGGGGUUUUUCCAUGAACGCAUGGAUCAUCGCCUGGAUCUUGUAAGUCUAGGAAAUGAGAAGGGCGUUUGGAACUUUCAUGAUUGGGCGGAGCAGUGGAGGCCGUACGGCAUUCCUCCGUCAGCAGCCAACUCCGGUGUUUCGACAUACACAAACAGCUUAUAUGCGUACACUCUCAAACUAGCGGCCAAGUUGCAGGGAGAGUGUGCAGGCCGACUUUCCCUUGCAGAUGAGUAUUCUCAUCGGGCCGGGCUAAUUGUCGAUGCGGUUAAACGGCAGUGUUUUGAUGGGCAAUACUUUACCGACAGCAUUGCUGCUUGCUCAGACCCCAAGGCUGACCGUAGCCAGCAUAACCAGGUCUGGGCAGUUCUCAGCGGUGCGGUAUGUGGUAACAGCGCUCAAGUAUUACUUAAGCGCGCUCUCGGAAGUUCUCAAAGUGGUGCGCCUCUCAUCAAGACGUCGAUCUCCAUGUCCUUUUAUACACUUCGAGCCAUCAGUAUCGCAGGAGGGUCUUUGUAUGACGAACUGUUCCAUGUUCUCUGGCAGCCAUGGCGUCAUCAAUUAUCUCUCGGUCUAACGACCUGGGAAGAAGACGACGUUUCACACCGUUCGGAUUGCCAUGCUUGGGGCAGCGCUCCCAUCUACGAGUUCUUAGCCGAGGUUGCAGGGAUACGGCCUGCAAAGCCUGGAUGGCAGGAGCUGGAGUUUGCUCCGCGCCUGGGGCUGUAUACAUCUCUCGAAGCAACAGUUCCGUUUUAUAGAGAAGGAAAGUUGGUGUUGGCAAAGGUUGCUUGGAGCUCUUUAGAUGGAGAGACGCUAGUCACGUUGGGUAUUGAGGGAUUAGACGAGUCAAUCUCUGUGCAUGUGAAAUUACCAGGAUGGCCGGGGAUGGUUGAGAAGAGCUCGCAGAACAUGAGCUUCACUUGGACAAGAUCUUAGAAAGAGUAGAUUAUUAUUUGAGGCAAUAUAAAGUCAA